CUAUGAUCCACAGCUGGUGCUCGGCCACUUAUCCCUUGUCCAGAUGCUCAGUGUCUGCUGAUGGUUUGCCGUGGAGCCCCCUGCACUAACUGCUCAUCCCCUCCCCUCAACCCCUGGACCCUCCUCACUAAUGACUGGCUGGAUUGUUCUUCCCAUCAGCUUGACUGUGUUUUCCAUCCCAGGAAUAUGGAUUGUCUACGCCAUGGCUGUAAUGAACCAUCACGUGUGUCCUGUGGAAAACUGGACCUACAACCUGACGUGUACCGAUGACAACACCAAAGCUGGGACCCCAAAAUCUUGCUGCACCCUGGAGGAUGUCCCACUUAUCAGUAAGUGUGGUACAUACCCUCCAGAGAGCUGCCUUUUCAGUCUGAUUGGAAAUGUUGGAGCGUUCAUGGUGGUGAUCAUCUGUUUGCUGAGAUACAGUCAGGUCAUUGAGGUCAGUCAGAGAUCUUGGCUGAACACCACGGCUUUGAUUGCGGGCUGCACCAAUGCUGCAGGACUGGUCAUGGUGGGAAACUUUCAGGUGGAUUAUGCAAAGUCUCUUCAUUAUAUUGGGGCAGGAGUGGCGUUUCCAGCUGGAUUGCUCUUUGUGUGCCUCAGCAGCAUCCUUAGCUACCAGAUAGCAGCCAGCGCGCUGGAUUAUUGGCUGGGACAUCUACGUGUCAGCCUGACCAUUGUGGCCUUAAUAUCUCUCGUCCUAAGUGGUGUUUUCUUCAUCCAGGAAAGCUUCCUUAUGCAGCACUUGGCUGCCAUCUGCGAGUGGAUCUUUGUCCUGGACAUCCUGGUCUUCUAUGGAACCUUUGCCUAUGAAUUUGGCUCAGUCUCCACAGACACAAUGAUGGCUGCCCUGCAGAGCUCCUCUGCCCGCAGUUGCAAAUCUCCGGGAAGCAGCAGCACCUCCACCCACCUCCACUGUAAUGCUGAGCGGAUCGCUAUGAUAUGAGGAGCCGGGGGGCCCCAUCUCCUCACCCUUCAACACUCAGGACAUGUUACAGAACUUUCCUUUUUAACCAAAUGAAACAAAGCCAAUUUUUAGCCAAUGCAGAGCCAGACACGUUUACAAGGGUGGUUCACCUUUAAGUUAACUUUUAUUAUGUUAUAGAAUGGCAAAUUCUAAGCAACCUUCCAAUUGGUCUUCAUUUUUUUUCAUAGUUGAAUUAUUUGCAGCCUUCUUCCAACUCUUUGCUGCUUUCAAAUGGGGGUCACUGACCCCGGUAGCCAAAAACUAUUGCUCUGUGAGGCUACAGUUUAACUGAUAUUACUUUUUAUAACUUAUUUUCCUGUUCAAGUCCUCUUCUAUUUCUAUACCGGUCUCUCAUUUAAACCACUCCCUGGUUGCUAAGGUAAUUUGGACCCUAGCAACCAGAUAGCCAUUGAAACUCCAAAGUGGAGAUCUGCUGAAAAAAUGUGAAUAAUUAAAAAAAACUACAAAUAAAACAAAAAUGAAGACCUAUUGCCAAUUGUCUCAGAAUAUUACUCUCUACAUCAUUCUAAAAGUUAACUCAAAGGUGAACAACCUCUUUAAGCAGCGGGCCACGUGUUAUUCAGUGUGUUAAAGGAAAAGUAUUAAUGGUGUCUCUUUAUUUUAAUAAUUGGGGGUUUUCAUGUAUUAAGUUUUUAUACUUUCUAUAUUGUACUGUUUUGCUGUGGGGGAUUUUAAAGCAACAGGCAGGAAAUGCCAGUCUCUUUUCAUCAACUAAAUAUCCAUUAUAUUUGAUAGGGGAGUAUAACAAAGGGCAUUUUAACCCUGUAACAUCCCAGAGAGACGCACAAUACCUUCUGUGGUUCUUUCCACCCUGGUGCUCAUACACUUUGUGGCUGAGGCUGCUGGGAGCAGGUGACAAGGUUGUUCCCACACACCAAUGCCAGUGGGUACCUGUGUUUCUAGCUACCUCAUAUUAUAAUGUAAAUGGGUGCUGGGUGCAGCGUAUUCAUGGUGAGAUGUAACACAACAGGGACAGGGCCAGAGAGUGGACAUCUUGGUUAAUACAUACAUAAUCUGGACUGAACUCAUUUUUUACUUGUGUGACUGUUUUGACACUGGUGUAAACUACAUUUAUUAAGUGGCUUACAUGGGUAAACUUACCUUAGGCCUAUGUAUAUUCUACUCCAUCCUUUGGAGCAUUAUAGCCUGAAAAGGAACAUGGCUAGAAAUGCUGUAUUUGAUACACUCGACUGUAUCUGCAGAGAGGUUCAGCAGCCCUGAGCGU